UGCCUAUAAAUAGAGGAGCAAGAGCACGCUGUAGUACUCAUCCCAGCAUACAAACCAGUUCACUAGCUAGCUUUGCAUGGAGUAGAAUCACUGAUCGGCAAGAGCCCUCGGAGGAAGCAGCGAGUCAGCGAGUCAGGGAUGGAUGAGUAUACAAUCUUCCAUCUCAACUUUGUGAGCAUAUUAGAGGAGGUAGCUGAACAUUUCCAUUUGGAGCCGCCGGUAGUGUCGACAGUGAAGCGUUUUGAGGGCGAUGGGUACCAAGGUGCAGUACAUUUGCAGCUCACCCCAGAUGAUGAUAAUUCUUAUAAGACCAUCUAUGGGUAUGGUGAAGAUGCUAAAGAUGCUGGCAACCUUGCUGCACGGGAAGCACUCAAGUUUCUUCAUUUUUCUGUUAACUUUGCUUUGGUGGACCUGCAUAUGUAUGAGUACUGGGAGGUACUACUAACUCUAGUGCAGAAGGAGCAGCAACACCACAUAGAGAUGACACAACUAAACCAGUUUCAUGAGGCUUGCCGGCAGCAUGAGUUAGAGUAUCUUGAGCAAGAACAUGAUGACUGUGUUUAUGAGAUCAAGCAUGACCUCAACCUCCAGAUAGAGGACAGGGAUCGUUGGCUCAAAAUAAAAGAACACAAGAGUAAGAAACUGAAGCUGGAGCGUGAUCAGUUGGAGGAGUUGACCAACAAGCAGGAGAGUAAAAUCAUGGAGCUAAUGACAGAGAACAGAAGCCUCCGUGAGAAGCUGGCGGAAAAGCUACAGGCGCAUGAAUAGGAUGCGAACGGUGGCACUUAGAGAUAUGAAGCAACUGUUCCUAGCUUUUAAAUAAAUGGUUGUAGUAGUACUGUUUGUAUAUAACCUGCUAGGAACUGUUCUGGUAGUAGCCUUUUGGCUAGCUAUCACUAGCUUGUUGACAACUCUAGCAGUAUGGGUGUCUAUAGUAGAGUGGCUGGAGGGAGACGUGGAUGGCAGCAACACAUCUAGUAGACAGGAUGCGUAAUUUUGAUUGUACUACUGCUUUCCUCUUUAAUAAUCAGCUAGACCUGGUAUAUAUGUAUAUGAUGCAUG